AUCAUGACUACCUUCACACGCUCUUACUUGGGGAAACGAACAGUGAGAUCGAUAACUUGGUCAACUCAACCCAUUUUUUCCCAACCUCAACUCAGUAGCAAAAAUGGCUGCUUUACACGCCAUUUCUCCUCACGGUCUCCUUCCUCUUUCAAAAACCAAAAAAACCAUUUCAAAAAACCUGCAAAACCUUCAGCUUCUCAACUCAAAAUUGCCAAAGAUCCAAACUUUCUCCAGAAACAAACAAAGGUGGCAGUUGAAUUCUGUUGUCCAAGAAGAGCUUGAUGUUGUUCCAGUACAAAGCGGUGACAGUGUAGACCAGCAAGAAGGGAUGGUAGCGAUUCCAGUAGAGAGAGAAGGGACCGAGUUGGCUGCUCAGGUGAGUGGGUUUGGAGGGAGCGAUGGCCGGUUCUCUUUUGAAGGGUUCUCUUCAGCUUCAAGUUCCGGUAUUGAUGCAGAGAGUAUAGAGAGGCAAUCGGAAUCCGAGAGGUUAAUUGAUAGGACCAUCAAUGCAAUGAUUGUUCUUGGUGCUGGUACUUAUGCUAUCACCAAGUUGCUCACAAUUGACCAUAAUUACUGGCAUGGGUGGACUCUCUUUGAGAUACUAAGAUAUGCUCCUCAACACAACUGGUCUGCUUAUGAGGAAGCUCUAAAGACAAACCCAGUUUUAGCAAAAAUGAUGAUUAGUGGCAUAGUCUACUCUCUAGGGGAUUGGAUUGCUCAGUGCUAUGAAGGUAAACCACUCUUCGAGUACGACCGCACAAGAAUGUUUAGAUCAGGCCUUGUUGGCUUUACAUUUCAUGGUUCCCUUUCACAUUACUAUUACCAGUUUUGUGAGGAGCUUUUUCCAUUCCAAGAUUGGUGGGUUGUUCCUGCCAAAGUAGCCUUUGACCAAACUUUGUGGGCAGCAGCUUGGAACAGCAUUUAUUUCACAGCCUUGGGAUUCUUGCGUCUGGAAUCACCUGCCAGCAUUUUCAGUGAACUGACGGCUACAUUCUGGCCUAUGCUUACAGCAGGAUGGAAGCUUUGGCCGUUUGCGCAUCUUAUCACAUAUGGUGUGAUCCCUGUAGAACAAAGACUGCUUUGGGUGGACUGUGUAGAACUCAUCUGGGUGACCAUACUGUCUACUUAUUCAAACGAGAAAUCAGAAGCAAGAAUAUCUGAGGCAGCAGUAGAAGCUUCUUUCAGUUCUCUGCCCAGUUCCCCUGAGGAGUAGAUGGAAUGCAAGAAAUUACGAGCAAAAAUAGAAAACAGGAUCGCUCAACUCGGUCAUUAGAGUUUGAGAGGGGAUCCACAAUGUGAUGAUUGGCGCAGAAAGUUGCUGGACGGUCUGGCUAUCGUAUAUAUCUCACCCAUCUUGCAUAUUCACGUUUAUAUGAUGAUUGUUGUACUCUUCUUGAGAUACCAUUCCAUUCCUAACAACUGUAAAAAUCACGCACUGGAAAGUUUCCAUGGAAUAUAGAAUUUUCUGGUGCCACAUAUAGAAA